AUGUCGAACACAACACAAUCCACAAACCAGGCUGAAGCCUCGCAACAGCCUCAGCAACAGAAGCCCCCCGUGUUGGAGGAAGACGACGAAUUCGAAGAUUUCCCCGUUGAGGAUUGGCCGCAAGAAGAAGCCGAGCAGGCGAAUGGAAACAACGGGCAUCUCUGGGAAGAGAGCUGGGAUGACGAUGAUGCCGGCGAGGAUUUCUCCAAGCAGCUAAAGGAGGAACUAAAGAAAGUCGAGGCGUCCAAACAAUGA